CCAUGACUGAAUCUCACUUCUUCUUCUUCCUCCUCAUCCUCCUCUGCAACAUUCUAUCCUUUAGCACAUCCGAUGAUGUUUUUGUCAGCAUCGACUGCGGCGCGUCGAAUUCUUACACGGACGACAACCUCAUAAAUUGGUUGGGAGAUGAAGCGUAUAUCGACACCGGAGAAGUCGCCGCCGUCAAAUCGAAUAGUUCGGUGUCGCGACCUUUGGACACUCUCCGAGUUUUCGACACUCGUAAAAAAAAUUGUUACCACAUCGACUCGAUUAGGCCGGGUCGGGUUCUUGUUCGGGCCAGCUUUAAUUAUGGUAAUUAUGACGGGAAGUCGUCGCCCCCGACUUUCGACCUUCUCCUCGACGGGAACCGUUGGGGGACGGUCGAGACGUCGAGUAGCGACUACGUUUAUUACGAAGUGAUUUAUGUAAUGAAAAAGGAUUCGAUCGUCGUUUGUGUUGCGCAAACGACGGAGGGACAUUUGCCGUUCAUUUCGGCGCUCGAGGUCCGAGGACUCGAGGCGAAUAUGUAUUCUUACAUCGAUGAUAUUUAUCCGUUGUUUCUUAUGCGACGCGCAGCUUACGGCGCAAAAUCGACGAUUCGGUUCACGAGCGAUCCAUACGACCGAAUAUGGACUCCAUUUUCCGCCGGCGAAGGCCUCACGACGGUGUCGAGCAAUAUAUCCUUCACCGGAAUUUCAGGAAUCGCCGACAACCCUCCUCCGGCGGUGCUCCAAAACGCCAUCACCGCCACCAAUCGAUCGACGACCAUCCGAUUGUUCCUCCCAUUGCCUAGCGCACAAAUUCCGGUCUACAUAAACUUCUACUUCUCCGAGGUUUCUCGACUUUCCCCAAACGACACUCGAUCCUUCCGAAUCUUUAAGGACAACAUUUCCUUCUCGCAACCGAUCGUACCUAUUUACGAAAAUUUCACCAAGUUGUACGUAAGCAACCUCCUCGUCUCUUCGAACACUACUUUUUAUCUCGUCCCUAGCAAUGACUCGACGCUCGCCCCUCUCAUUAAUGGCUUGGAGCUUUUCUUGGUCGGGCCCGAGCUUUCGUCGGGAACUAAUACAAGAGACGUUGGAGGCCUCGCGUCGCUUCAAAAAGCGUUCGCCAUUCUACAAGGUUGGAGAGGCGAUCCGUGUCUUCCGGCGCCGUAUUCGUGGGAUUGGAUCAACUGUAGCUCCGGCUCCACGCCCCGUGUUAAGGCGCUGUUUUUGGACAGAUUUGGUCUUUCAGGAGAGCUUCCAGAUUUGAGCUCAAUGGAUGCUCUUGAGACAAUAGACCUUCAAAACAACAAUAUAAAUGGACCUAUCCCAGAUUCCCUUGGCAAUUUGGCAAACCUCAAGGAACUUCCUCCGGCACCGAAGACGCCCGCGUGGCUCGCGGGAAGCCACGUGUCCGCCAGGUGUUCCGUCAGGAAUUUGGCUAAUAACAAUUUGAGCGGAACAGUGCCGACUUCGCUCUCGCAAAAAAAAGGAUUAAAUUUAAACGUGACGGGAAAUCCUAACCUAUGCUCGUCUCGCGACGCAUCGUGUCUUUCUUCUGAUUCAUCUAAGAAACCAAAAUCUUCGGGUACCAAAAACGAGAAUAAGAUUUCAACGGAAGUACUACUCGCCGUCACAAUUGCUUCGCUCGUUAUCAUGGGGAUGGCUAUUUGAACCGGACAACACAUUACGUACAUUAGAAUGGAUAAUAUUAUUUUGAUUUUUAUACGAUAUGUGACAAGUGUAUUUAUUUGGUAAUUUUUCUUUUUGUUUUUAUUUUUAAAAAUUUUUUUUUUUUGGAUUC